GUUAUUUCCUGGGGAGGUUCUGUUGCAAUCUGGGGAGAAUAAUGUUUUCCCAACAUGAAAGUACUGUGUGUUAUAAGAGUUCUUGAAGUAGGAAGUGAAGUUGACUCUGGACUUUAGAGAGCAUGGAGACAUCAGUGGACCAGACGAAGGAACAAAUGUCAUACACCCAGAGCAACCCGCUAUUUGACAUGUCAUUCAGCAGGAGUGAUCUCUACAGUUUUCAGCCUGAUGAUCUGAAGCCAGCGAGGCCCAGAAGACAGUGGUGUUUUUAUGUGGUUGUUGUUUACCUCAUCUUGCAGACCGCCCUUAAUGCCUUUCUCAUUUAUAAAGUUUUCACGUUGGAGUCUUCACUGUCUGACCCCAGGUUGGAGAAGCUGAUGUCCAAUGAUAUUCCUCUGGGCAGAGAACAGGGGGAUGACAACCUCCAAACUCUCCUCCACAACAACAGUCAAGAAACCAAGACCCUGAGGGGCCACCUAUGGGCCCUCAAGAGCCAGGUCAACAGUCUGUGUGGAGAGGAGGGUCAGCUGGAAAGACUGAGGUCUGAUCUGAGCCUGCUCAACACCAGCACCCACAACCUGGAGGGCAAACUGACAACCAUCACCCUCAACCCAGGACCUCCUGGUCCUCCAGGUACAGAUGGGCUGCUGGGACAUCCAGGUGCGCCAGGAGAGAGGGGCCUCAAAGGUGACAAUGGUGUUGUUGGCCCUCCAGGACAAAAGGGAGAAAUGGGACUCAAUGGACAACCUGGAGAGCCAGGAGUUGCUGGUCAAAUUGGUCCCAGGGGUCCACCUGGGCUCCCAGGAGCCCCAGGGAAUCGAGGACCAGGUGCAAAGGGAGAGAAAGGAGAACUUGGGGCCCAAGGCCCUCGUGGAGACAGAGGUGACAUGGGAAACCCUGGCCAAAAAGGUGCAAGUGGACCCCCUGGUUUCAGUGGAACUCAAGGUCCUCCCGGACCACCAGGUGCCAAAGGAGACAAGGGAGACCAAGGAAACCCACCAGAGUUGAAUGUGCGUCUCGUGCCGGGGAGUUCCCGGGGGCGAGUGGAGGUGAAGUACAACGGGGCCUGGGGCACCGUGUGUGAUGACAGCUUUGACACUGUGGAUGGCAAGGUGAUCUGUAAGAUGUUGGGCUUCCAAACCGCCAUUUCCACCUUCACUGCCAGCCCAGGGACUGGUAGGAUCUGGCUGGAUGAGCUGCGAUGCUUAGGAACAGAGUCUGAUAUCUUUAACUGCCCACACAGUGGAGUUGGUGUUAACAACUGCCAACACAUCGAGGACGUCGGAGUGCAGUGUGUCUAGACUGACACCACACCGAAGACUAAACAUGCAGUGAUGAUUUGACUGGAUAUAUAUAUAUAUAUAUACACAUGUAUACAUGCCUACAUCACAUGCUCACGUCUCACUGGGGAUAUAAGCAGAUAACAGCGCUGUUACUAAUGAUAUUCACAUGAUGUUUGCAGCUCAUUACAUAUUCAUAAAACACAGCAUAUAAAAUUGCAUUCAGCUAAGAUUCACUUUAUUACUAAACACAUUAGCUUAAAUGACAGUGUACUGUAAACAAAAGAUCACGCUAAUAAAACUUUCCUGGUAUAAAAUUC